UGAAUACAGCCCGCCAUUCUAGUUGGGGAGGAAGCAGUUGAGAAAUCUGAAAUGGAUCGAGCUCGCAAUUUUCUGCGCAGGGCCAGAGUCUGUAGACAGCCGCCUCUCCAUGUCGCCCUCCAGAACCCGAAAUGCGCCACAGCGACCGUGCUUGAGAAACACAGAACAGAAAAGCUUUCCAUUUUGCAAAUCGAUUGGGAGGUUUUGUAGGAUUGCCUUUUGAGAACCCUCCGCCGCGCAAGGCAGUGUACAACUCUGGGAGGAAAAAAUUGCAGAGGGAGUUCGGGAGUGCGCCUUGAUUGACAUCCAUUUGCCUGCUCGUUUGCAUCGUUGCCGGAGUGGGCAGCGAUGUCUCUCGCCUUCGAUGAGUAUGGCCGGCCCUUCAUCAUCAUCAAGGAGCAGGAGCAGAAAAAGCGUGUUAAGGGCCUGGAGGCGCAGAAAGCAAACAUUAUGGCUGGAAAGUCGGUGGCCAGAAUCCUGAGGACGUCCUUAGGGCCAAAAGGGAUGGAUAAGAUGCUGCAGAGUCCAGACGGGGAUGUGACAAUCACAAACGAUGGUGCGACCAUACUGGAGCAAAUGGAGGUUGAGAACCAGAUUGGCAAGCUGAUGGUGGACCUUUCCAGGAGUCAGGACUUUGAAAUUGGGGAUGGCACAACGGGGGUGGUUGUUACUGCCGGGGCUCUGUUAGAACAGGCGGAAUCUCUCCUGGAUCGUGGAAUCCACCCAAUCAGAGUGGCAGACGGGUAUGAGCUGGCAUCAAAGAUUGCGGUCGAGCAACUAGAGAAGAUUUCGACAAAGUUCCCUCUGGACAAGGACAACCUAGAGCCACUGAUCCAGACGUGCAUGACCACCCUGUCAUCAAAGAUCGUCGGCCGGUGCAAGCGCACGCUAGCGGAGAUUGCCGUCAAGGCGGUUGUCGCGGUGGCUGACCUGGAGCGCCGUGAUGUCAAUCUUGACCUCAUCAAGCUGGAGGGCAAGGUCGGGGGACGGCUAGAGGACACUGAGCUGAUUGACGGGAUUAUUGUGGAUAAGGACUUCAGCCAUCCGCAAAUGCCGAAGCAACUGGAGGACGUGAAGAUCGCCAUUCUGACAUGUCCGUUCGAGCCCCCAAAGCCGAAGACAAAGCAUAAGGUGGACAUCGACUCGGUGGAGAAGUUCGAGACGCUGCGGCAGGCGGAGAAGCAGUACUUCGACGACAUGGUGCAGAAGUGCAAGGACGCGGGCGCGACGCUCGUGAUCUGCCAGUGGGGCUUCGAUGACGAGGCGAAUCACCUGCUCAUGCACAGGAACCUGCCCGCAGUGCGGUGGGUGGGGGGCGUGGAACUGGAGCUGAUCGCCAUCGCUACAGGAGGCCGCAUCGUGCCGCGCUUCCAAGACCUGACGCCCGACAAACUGGGAAAGGCCGGCCUCGUGCGCGAGCGCGCGUUUGGCACGACCAAGGACCGCAUGCUGUCCAUCGAGAAGUGCGCCAACUCGCGCGCCGUCACCAUCUUCGUGCGGGGAGGCAACAAGAUGGUCAUCGAGGAGACCAAGCGCUCGAUCCACGAUGCACUGUGCGUCGCCCGCAACCUUAUCCGCGACAACGGCAUCGUCUACGGGGGGGGUUCCGCGGAGAUCGCGUGCUCGCUCGCGGUGGAGGCGGCGGCGGACAAGGUUCCCGGGGUGGAGCAGUAUGCUAUGCGCGCUUUUGCCGACGCUCUGGACGCGGUCCCGCUGGCGCUGGCCGAGAACAGCGGCCUGCAGCCCAUCGACACCCUGACGGCUGUGAAGGCCGCUCAGGUCAAGGAGGGCAUUCCGCACCUGGGUAUCGACUGCAACGACGUGGGCACCAACGACAUGAAGAAGCAAAACGUCUUUGAAACGCUUAUCGGCAAGAAGGAGCAGAUUCUGUUGGCUACUCAAGUCGUCAAGAUGAUCCUCAAGAUUGACGACGUUAUUACGCCGUCUACUUACGAGUAGAAAUCGAUUUGCUUGGUUGGGCAGGAAGGCUGGCGCAAAUAUCGGCAAACGAUCCGAUCGCAUCUUGCAACGGCUACAUCUAUCACAAAGCAUUUCUGUAAGAAGAAGACACUCCGUCCGAGCUCGUUGCGCAAGCCAGUCGCAGUCAAUCAUGUUCUACGGCAAUGAAUGGACUGGUCAUCGAAUCAAC